UGCGGUGCUGUCGAGCUGCUGGGGCAGGCAGGAAUGCAGCGGACAGGACUCGCUCUCGUGGCCUUGGCUGCCUGGGUGGCUCUUCGCCCCUUGGAAGCCAUACUUCCCAUUGCCUCCAGCUGCUGCACUGAGGUUUCACAUCAUAUUUCCAGAAGGCUUCUGGAAAGAGUGACUACAUGUAGCAUUCAGAGAGCUGACGGGGAUUGUGACUUGGCUGCUGUCAUCCUUCACAUCAAGCGCAGAAGAAUCUGUGUCAGCCCACACAAUCAAGUUAUUAAGCAGUGGAUGAAAGAGCAAGCAGCCAAAAAAGAUGCUAAAGGCAACAUUUGCCGUAAGAAGAAACACCACAGCAGGAGGAACAGUAAAGGGGCACAUCAGGGGAGGCAUCAAACACAUGGCCAUAAAACUCCUUAUUAGAGAGAGUACAGAUGAAGCUACACAGAUGAGUCCUGAGUGAAC